GUCCCGGGCACAGCCAACCGCACGGAACCAGAGAGACAUCGGUAGAAACAAAAGCUUCCCAUCAAAGCAGUGCGGAGCCUGUAACUUUCAGGCAGGAAUGCCUUGUCCCCACAGCGAGUGCCGGAAGCAAAUGUGAGGGAGCAACAGCCGGCCAGGCCGAGACCGUGAGUGUAAAACCUCCCUCAGCUUUGAUCCACGGAGGAAGAAGUUAUUCCCCGUGAGGGUAGACUAAGUGGAGGUGCUCGGAGCUACGGGUUCACGGCUCUCGAUGGCCCCAAGUGCCCUCUGAGCACACGGCAGCCUGGCGGCAUUUUAAACCGGUUUCAUUCCCACCCGCGCCGUUCAACGGACUCUGGAAAUGAGGCAGUUCAGUCGCUGCUGGUGGAUUUUGGCCAAUCUCGUGGGCUACUGUUGCCUCUCUCGGUGCCAACAAAGACAGGGUUACCUGGUAACAGCUCCCUCAGUUCUCAGGGCAGGGGUUGAUGCAGUCAUCAGCUUUACUAUAUUCAAGCCACUAUCAGAAACCAAAGUCCAUGUCCAGUUGGUGGUGAAAGGAGAAACGGUGGCUCAUAGUCAGGGCUCUGUCUUCGAAAAGGGAACAGUCACAUUAAAGGUGCCGCAAGGAUUCAGUGGACAGGCUCAGUUAAAAGUGUGGGGCAAUCGGUAUCUCACCGAUGACGGACACAUCUUCCACAACUUUACAACCGUCACUAUCGACUCUAAGGGAUCAUCAGUGUUUAUCCAGACAGACAAACCCGUCUAUAAACCGAAGCAGAAAGUGCUGAUUAAUGUGUUCACCGUCACCCCUGACCUCCGACCCACUAAUCAGAAGGUUGAAGCCUAUAUCGUGGAUCCCCGGGGGUCUCGGAUGAUUCAGUGGACUGAUCUAAAGCCAAUCUGCUGUGGGAUUGUAAAUAUGAGCUUCCCGCUUUCGGAUCAGCCGGUGAUUGGAGAGUGGUUAAUCUUCGUGGAGCUUCAAGGAUACACUUACAACAAAACGUUUGAAGUGCAGAAAUAUGUGUUACCAAAGUUUGAACUCACUAUUGAUCCUCCCAAGUACAUCCAGGACUUGAACAAGUGUGAGGAGGGAACUGUCCAUGCCAGGUACACGUUUGGUAAACCAGUGUUGGGGAGACUGACAGUGAACAUGACGGUGAAUGGAGUGGGUUACUACAGGCACGAGCUGGGACACCCUGUGGUGAAAAUUAUGGAGAUUGACGGCUCGGCCUCCUUCCCCAUUUGUGUCAAGGACAUGAUGCCCGUGGAUGUUCCGGAACAUUUCCGAGGCUCGCUCAACAUCUGGGCCUCGGUGCUGAGUGGCGACGGCAGCACACAGAUCACCUUUGAUGAUUCGACCCCGGUUCACAAGCAGCUCAUCGACAUCAAGUAUUCCAAGGACACUCGCAAGCAGUUCAAGCCAGGCCUUCCUUACAAAGGAAAGGUGGAGGUGACGUAUCCUGAUGGAAGUCCUGCAAAUGGCAUCACUGUGCGGAUCAAAGCUGAGCUCACUCCAAAGGACAAUGUCUACACGAGUGAACUGGUGUCUGAGGACAGCAAGGUGGAGUUUGAGAUUCCAUCUAUCCCCACUGCUGCCCAGUAUGUCUGGCUGGAGACUAAGGUGACAGCCAUCAAUGGAACACCGGCUGGUGACCAGUAUCUGCCUAGCUACCUGUCCAUUAGCAGCUGGUAUUCGCCAAGCAAGUGCCAUAUUCAGAUGCAGGGGCCAGAGCGGGCGCUGCAGGUGGGUGAGGAGGCCUGGAUUCCAGUGAAAUCCACCUGUCCCUGUGACUUUGCCUUACACUUUGAGAUCGCCUCACGGGGCAACAUUGUGAGAACCGGGGUACAGCCAGCCAGCAUCACCCGGCUGCGCAGUAGGAGGGCCACUGUCAUCUUUGACAAGAAGAAACAGUCAUCACAGACCUCGCAGAACCUGCGGGCCAUGUCUCCAGCCGGUGAAGUUGGUGUGUGCACGACCUACUUACACUUCAGGGUCACGCAUGACAUGAGCCCACUCAGCCGCCUGCUCCUGUACUACGUGCGAGAAAAUGGCGAGGGCAUCACCGACAGCAUCCAGAUUCCAGUACAGCCAUCCUAUGAAAACAAGGUAUCGAUUUCACUCUCCUCUAACAAAACAAUGCCUGGUGACCCCAUCAGUGUGACGGUGAAGGGCAAGGCACGGUCGUGCGUUUGCAUUGCAUCUGUGGAUAAGAGUGUGUACCUGCUGAAACCUGGCUUCCAGCUCACAACUGACAAGAUCUUUCAGGAACUGGCCGAUUACGAUGUCUCUGAUGCUUUUGGAAUUCCGAAGGAGGAUGGUCACUUUUGGUGGCCGGGGCUCUCUUCACGAAGACGGAGAUCAUCCGUGUUCCCUUGGCACUGGGAUAUCACCAAGGAUGCCCACUUCGCCUUCAGCGAGACAGGCCUGGUGGUCAUGACAGACGUGGUGAGUCUGAACCACAGACAGAAUGGGGGGAUGUACACUGACGAGGCCAUGCCAGGCUUCCAGCCUCACACUGGCACCCUGGUGGCAGCCCUACAACCAAGGAUCAGCCCUAGAGCUGAGAAGAGGAAAAGGACGUUUUUUCCAGAAACCUGGAUCUGGCAUUGUCUCAACAUCAGUGAUUCCGCAGGCGAGGCUCGGUUACGUGUGGAGGUUCCCGACUCGAUCACCACGUGGAUAACCGAAGCAGUCAGCCUGUCGCAGGAGAGUGGCCUCGGACUUGCACAACCCACUGAGCUCCGCACGUUCAAAGCUUUCUUUGUGGACUUCACCCUGCCCAGCUUCGUGAUCCGCGGGGAGCAAACCAAGAUCCCGCUCAUGGUCCACAACUAUCUGCCGAGUUGUGCUGAGGUUCAUGUUAAAGUUACAGUUCCAAAAGGAAUUAAAUUUAUUGGGCACCCAGGGAAGAGACACCUGACUCGAAAGAUGUGUAUCAACUCGGAUGAAGCCAAACCCACAUCUAUCGUCCUCUUGUUCAGUGAGCUGGGCCCUGCAAACAUCACAGCCAAAGGGUUUGCUUACGGUGGGAGCAGCUGCUGCCAGGGUGGGCUCCAGACGCUGAAGAAUGGCAGGUACCUGGAUGAAAGUUACCUGGACAGGCGGAACCCGGCUGGCAUAGACUACGUGAAGAGACGCGUCCUGGUGGAGCCUGAAGGAUUGCCCAGGGAGUACACCUACAGCAUCUUCUUCUGCCCCAACGAAAAGAUUCACAUCUCCACCCCCAACAAGUACGAGUACCAGUACAUCCAGAAGCCAGCCUGGAUGAUACACUUUGACGUGGCUGUAAAAGCACACAACGAUGCCCACUUUGCCUUAUCAACGGGUCCUCGAGACACGGCGGAAAUGGUAGAAAUUGUGAUUGGAGGGCAGCAGAACACGAGGACGUGGAUCACAGUGAGCAAGAUGGGUGAGCCAGUGGUCAGUGCCAACACACCUCACAUCCUGUCCUGGGACGAGUUCCGAAACUUCUGGAUCCGUUGGAAGGCUGGCAUAGUCCAGGUGGGCCAUGGCGCAGUGCCCUGUAAUGAGUCGCUGAUUGUUGAAUGGGCACUGACCAAAGUUCCAGACGUCAAAUACAUCGGCUUCUCAACGGGCUGGGGCUCGGUGGGCGAGUUCAAGAUCUGGAGGAAAGAGGAAUCAGAGGAGAACCACAAUGAGGCCUUCACCCUUGGUGUGCCGCACAAUGUGGUCCCUGGAUCAGAGAGAGCCACGGCUUCUAUGAUAGGCGAUGUGAUGGGCCCCACCCUUAAUAACCUGGACAACCUUCUGCGUCUUCCAUUUGGCUGUGGAGAACAGAACAUGAUCCAUUUUGCCCCGAAUGUCUUUGUGUUGAGAUACCUACAGAAGACCAAGCAGCUGUUCGCCGAGGUGGAGAGUGAGGCCACCGACUACCUGCUGCAAGGAUAUCAGCGUCAGCUGACGUACAAACGGGAGGAUGGAUCAUACAGCGCAUUCGGUGAGAGGGAUUCUUCUGGGAGUAUGUGGCUGACGGCGUUUGUACUGAAAUCCUUUGCACAGUCCCGUGGGUUUAUCUACAUUGACCUGAAGGAACUCGCCACGGCCAAAGAAUGGAUUAUACAGCAUCAGCAGGAAGAUGGCUCAUUCCCUGCGGUUGGGCGCAUUCUGAACAAGGACAUCCAGGGUGGAAUCCAUGGGAAGAUCUCAUUGACUGCCUAUGUUGUUUCUGCACUUCUGGAGACAGGCAUCGCCUCUGAGGAGGAAAAAGCUGCAGUUGGAAAGGCUAAACAUUUCCUGGAAGCAAACAUGUAUUCAGCGGAUGAUCCGUACACCACAGCCCUCUCUGCCUAUGCACUGACCUUGCUCCGGAGUAAACAUGCGUCAGCCGCGCUGAGGAAACUCAACAACAUGGCCAUUAUGCAAGAUGGUUUCACACACUGGAGUCUGAUGGGCACCACAGUCACGGAUGAGGAUACAUUUAUGGGUUUCAAUGAUGGCCUCUCGCAGUCAGUUGUGUCAGCAGAGGUGGAGAUGACAGCCUAUGCCCUCCUCACCUAUACCUCCCUCGGAGACGUGGCAUCAGCCCUUCCCGUUGUGAAAUGGCUCUCACAGCAACGCAACGCACUGGGAGGAUUCUCAUCCACACAGGAUACCUGCGUAGCCCUACAGGCACUGUCGGAGUAUGCCAUCCUCUCCUAUGUUGGAGGGGUCAAUCUCACCAUCUCACUUGCAUCAACCAAUCUGGACUUCCAGGAAUCCUUCGAGCUCAACAGGGACAACAAGAAGAUUCUGCAGACAGCGGCGAUUCCAAGUGUUCCGACUGGUCUGUUUGUUAGUGCCAAGGGAGAAGGCUGCUGUUUGAUGCAGAUCGACGUGAGCUACAACGUGCCGGAUCCGGUGGCCAAACCAGCCUUCCAGCUGUCGGUGAACCUGAAGGAACCGAACCGUGAGCGGCACCGGCACCGGCACCUCGCCAGGCCCGCCUCCAGGAGCGACAACCGGUCGAAGAGGUCACGCCAGGAGCGGGCGCUGCAUCACGAUGACGACCCGGCUUCGGACCAGGAUCAUCAGGAGUACAAGCUGACCGUGGAGGCCUGUGCCAGGUGGUUACAUUCUGGCUCUUCGAAUAUGGCAGUCCUGGAGGUCCCUCUGCUGUCAGGCUUCCGAGCAGAUGUGGAGAGUCUGGAACAGCUGCUCCUGGGCAAACAGAUUGAACUUAAACGAUAUGAAAUGGAUGGAAGAAAAAUUCUGUUUUAUUUUGAUGAGAUUCCCAGCCAGUGCAUGACCUGUGUCAAGUUCUACGCAUACCGGGAGUACAUCAUUGGUAAAACUGCUCCAGUCCCAGUCAAGGUGUAUGACUACUACGAACCUGCUUUCGAAGCAACAAGGUUCUACAACGUAAGUGAGACCAGCCCUUUGGCCCGCGAGCUGUGUGAUGGGACUACCUGCAAUGAGGUUGAAAGCUCAGCCAAUCAGUGGAUCGGGUUUGUCCAGCCUGCCACCUGCAAGAACGUGUACGACUGCCUGGAGGAAGAACGCUACGAGCUGUGCGCCUGUUACCGUGACUGCGGCUUUGAUGGGAUGCCAGUGUGCGGCUCCGACAGAGUCCUGUACCAGAACCAGUGUCAGAUGGAGGUGGCUGCCUGCCGCAACAACACGCGAAUCGACCAAGUCCCCCUGUCACACUGCCCUUCCGCAGGAGCAGCCCCUGAAGAGAGAGAGCCUGUGACCUCACCCGUAGACCCAGAGAUGUCAGAACGGAACCAGUCAGGUGAUGUCACGGUGGCCCAGUCGGAGCUCUCCUAUUACUCCUACGGAACGAGCUACGAGUAUGACCCGGAGCUGUUUGAGAGCGACGUGGACGAUGCUUUUCAGAUGAACGAAGAUCAGGUGGAGAGACUGAGCCAGGGAGCGAAAGGAGAACAGAAGAGGGCAGCAGGGAAAAAAUGAACGAAUAUGGGCUCUCAGCCGUGGAAAGAGGAUGAAUCAAAGAACAUGGAUGUUCUAACCUGUACAUGUGUUUAUAUGUUACAAGGACCAAGCACUGUUGCUGAAGACAGCACUAUAUAUCCACGCCCAACUAUUACAUAGAUUAGGCAUAUCUAUCCUUUAGUAAUAUGUUGUAACCACACAGGCACGAUAGAGGAAGCUGGUAUUUAUAUUUUGUAAUUAUGUGUUCUGAUCUUUACCUCUCUGAUAUUUAUAUUUGUGAUUUUAGUUAAAGAUUCUUUCAUGGCUCUCCCUUCCAGAGCUGGGUCAAAGGUUACUGGUCAACUUCCUAACUUUCAUUAUUUAAUUUUUUUAAAUUUACGAUUUUUCUCCUCCUUCCUGAACCCUUAAACAGGGCAGCUAAACAUGCUAAGAGUAGAGAAGAAGGGAUUGACAGGAAAUCCCCUUUCCUCAUCCCUUCAUCUUGCCUUCUGCCUCCUCCCCGCCCCUGCAUCCAUUCAGGAGUAGCAUCCAGGCCGAAAGAGAUUGAUCACUGAUUUUCCUCAUGGGCUCCUGAAUUUACAGCCGCCCUGAAAUCUAACCCAUCCUGCAAUGUAUAAAAGUUGUCCAACCCCUGAACCCCCACCUCCCCCAUCGCAUCUCACUCCCCAAAUGGUGGCCCUGUCCCUUCCCACUGCUCUGGAUACUGUGGCCUACCUCAGAACGGGACUGUGAGGUGAUGCACUGUGGUGUCACUGGCUGCCUGCAGGGGCUGAGAGGACUGGUAACCAGUGGACAAGAUUUGGCCAGGUGAGGUGCAGGUGAUAAGUCAGACCUUCCAAAAAUAAA